AGCCCUCUCCCCUCCCUCCCUCCCUCCGCCGAUUCAUUCACCGCCAACAACAAACAACCAAUAAAACGACGAGAAACCUCACGUCUCUCUCUCUCUCUCUCUCUCUCUCUCUUCCAUUAUCUUGUCGAAAGUCGGACAAACGGCGUCCUUCGCGGCAUGGCAGCACCGAAGCACCGUUCAGGUCGAUCAACGCCUCUCAGGGACUCUUCCGAGUCCCAGAAAAUGGAGGCCACUGGCCUCUGGGACGCCCUCGACUGGACCAUUGAGCCUGUUUCGCGGUCCAUUUCGCAGUCCGUUUCGCAUGUAAAAUUGGAGUGCUUGCUUGAAGCCGAGCAAGUCCAAGUUGAGGGGUAUGGAGUUGUUCUUGUUAAUACGGAUGAGGCAGGGACCUUGAUAGUGACCAAUUUUCGUCUUUUAUUCCUGAGUGAGGGAACAAGAAAUGUUAUUGCUCUUGGCACGAUACCUUUGGCAACAAUUGAGAAGUUCACCAAAAUUGUCGUAAAGAAUCAGUCAACCCCUCGUCAAUCUGAAAAGAGUCCAUCAAGACGACUUCUUCAGGUCAUUGGUAAAGACAUGAGGACCAUUGUCUUUGGGUUUCGUCCUAAAACAAGGCAGAGACGUGCAAUAUUUGAUGCAUUAGUAAGGUGUACAAAGCCAGCAAAUCUGUGGGAUCUUUAUGCUUUUGUGUCUGGACCAUCCAAAUUUUUUAACACCAGCCCAAAGGUGCGGUUACUAAAUGAGUAUCUUCGGCUUCUUGGAAAAGGGUUCCAACAACCAUCGAUGGAUAUGAUUGAAGAUGGUUCAUUCACAUUUUCUAAUGAUUUGUGGAGAAUAAGUAGUAUAAAUUCCAGCUAUAUAAUGUGCCAGAGUUAUCCAUUUGCCUUGAUAGUUCCAAAAUCCAUAACUGAUGAAGAAGUACUCCAAGCUUCCAACUUCCGAGCAAGAGGUCGCUUGCCUGUAGUUACAUGGUGUGAUCCAAAAACUGGAGCAGUUCUUGCACGCUCAUCCCAACCCUUGGUUGGUCUCAUGAUGAAUAUGAGGAGCAACACAGAUGAAAAGAUUGUUGCUGCACUUUGCACUAAGCUUGCUGGUACAAGAGGUAAACGGAGGAAAUUAUAUAUAGCUGAUGCAAGACCUCGAAAGAAUGCUUUAGCUAAUGGUGCUAUGGGAGGUGGCUCUGAGUCAUCUUCAAAUUAUCUUCAAUCUGAGAUAGUUUUUUUUGGGAUAGACAACAUACAUGCGAUGAGAGAGAGCUUUGCCCGACUCAGAGACUACUUAGACACUCAUGGUGCAGCUUCUUCGGAUGGAAUGUCAUCUUUCUUGAGAAAUGGUGGAUGGACGUGGGGUGGAGGCAACCUUAGCAGUAUGUCUGCUUCAGUGUCAACUUUGGGGGACAGUGGUUGGUUAAUACACGUUCAAAGUGUCUUGGCUGGUUCUGCUUGGAUUGCUGCUCGUGUUGCUUUGGAGUCGGCAUCAGUGCUUGUACAUUGUAGUGAUGGAUGGGACAGGACCACUCAGCUGAUUUCACUUGCCAAUUUGUUGCUUGAUCCAUACUAUCGUACUUUAACUGGGUUUCAGGCACUCGUUGAGAAAGAUUGGCUAGCAUUUGGUCACCCAUUUGCAGAUCGAGUUGGCAUGCCAGCAGGAAGUGGCAACAUGCCUUCUGAAUUAACAAGGCAGUACUCUGCUCCGAAUCUCCAAUCAUCACCCAGUCGCCAGUCAGCAUCUCAAGCGCCUUCUCAUUCACAGAAUUCAAAUAACUAUUCUCCCAUAUUUCUGCAGUGGGUUGAUUGUGUUUCACAAUUGCUGCGGAUGUAUCCUUUUUCUUUUGAGUUCUCUUCGGCAUUUCUGGUUGAUCUAUUGGACUGUGUUCUAUCGUGUCGCUUUGGAAACUUCUUCUGUAAUAGUGAAAGGGAGAGGCAGCUAUGUGGUGUACCUGAAGCUUGUGGAUGCAUGUGGGCAUAUUUGGCUGAUUUACGUGCUUCACAGGGAAGUUCUCAUGUGCACUAUAACUACUUUUAUGAUCCAUUAAAACACGAUGGUCCACUGUUACCUCCAGCAGCAGCUUUAGCACCAACUCUCUGGCCUCAAUUCCAUCUUCGUUGGGCUUGUCCCUCAGAGGUUCAAACUGGAGGGGUUGAAGCUCAAUUUAGGCAAAUGGAUGUUAAGUUCUCUGAACUACAAAAGGAAAAAGAAAUGGCAGAAAGGAAAGCUAAAGAAAUCGCCACCAUGAUGGAAUCAUUAACCGCAGAACUGCAAAAUGAGAAGCAAGUUAGCAGCUCAGUUAAGCAGAUGGCCAGGAGGGCAACCAAGGAAAGUGAGGCCAUAAAGCGAGCUGUACAAUCACUGGGAUGCAAGGUCCACUUUUCAAACAGCGGAGAUUGCACCGUUGACAUCGAGAGCAGCCAAAUUGAACCUUCGCACAAGUCACCUUACUAUUUAAAAAGAGAAGCGGAUGGCACCGUGCAGCGCGAUGAGAAAUCAGACCUCUCUGUUUCGAUCACAGUUAUGGCAGAUGAUGAUGCUUCCAGCAACCCAGUCGGGCGAGUAUGUGAAACGUUAUGCCCGUUACGCAUGCGAGGUGGGGGCUGCCGGUGGCCAGACGCUGGUUGUGCUCAGUUGGGUAGCCAAUUUCUCGGACUAAAGGCUAACUACGAGGAUUUUGAUAAACUUUCUAUUUACGAUAGCUAUUUCCAGCCGAAAUAAUAGUAUCUAAAUUUGGAGCAUGGGAGAUUAUAUUCACACAUCCCAAAUUACUUCUUCCAUAUCUUUUUAAUUUUUUAAUAAUUUUUUAUCAAGUGUUAGUGGUGUGUAGAAAAUAUUAAAAAAUUAAAAAUGUGUGAGAGAAGUAAUUUGGGGUAUGUGAAUAUAAUCUCUCUUGGAGCAUUCUUGGAGGUAUCAGACCAACCUCACUACUCCUGCAACGUUGGAAAUUCCCAUAUAGAGUUCAAAGUUUCUUUUAGGAUAGUUCCAAGAUUUUUGGUAGGAUGCCCUAAAGUGAACACGAGAGGAACGACGAAGGACGGACCGAUAAUAUGAAUAUGGGUCUCAAGAUAUAUUGUACAGAGGAUGUAGAGUUAGCUGAGGAGUGAGGACUCUCAAGUGAAGAUGAACACUACUACAUUGUAGUACUAAGUGGCUCAUUACAUUUUUGGUUGGUGCUUGUACGGUUAAUUGUAAAUGAGGCAAUUUUAUCUCCUAAAUGAGGUUAGUUUUCGAGCCGAUUUAUGUAUUGUAACGUUGUUUUUGCCAGUAAUGAUGUAUACCAGGACUUCGGAUGCAAUAAAAUUUUACUUUUA